AUGGCGUUUGCUGGGACAAAUAUCAGUUUGUCCCAGCCGGAUAUCACGCAGAAACUAACGGAGCGCAUAGACGACCUGAAGCAAAAGAUUGCUGCUUGGGGGAAGCGGAUUCGCCGAUUUACCGAGAGGUCAAGGCGGUUCAACCAGAAUCGUCUCUUCCAGAGUGAUCAGAAGAGGCUCCACAAAUCAUUGGAGCGACCAGAGGUAUGUGGAGCGGACCCAGGACCGGAUCAGGCUAACACUGUCGCAUUUUGGCGUGGCCUGUGGUCAGAGCCCGUAAACCACAGCGAGGGCCCUUGGACGGAAGUUGUGGCGAGUCAGUGUGCGAGUAUUACGCCCAUGGACCCCGUCAUCAUAACGCCGGAUGACGUAGCUGAGGUGGUCCGUAGAGCCCCGAACUGGAAAUGUCCGGGACUCGACGGACUGCAUCACUACUGGCUGAAGGGGUUCAUAGUGUGUCACGCUGUGCUCGCCCGUCAGUUUCAAGAGGCUCUCAACCAGAAGUCGCUCCCUAGCCUCUUCAUUACUGGGAUCACUCAUUUGGUUCCUAAAGACCAGGUUACCACAGACCCGAGCAAAUACCGCCCCAUUACGUGUCUAAGACCAUCACCAUAUAUAAGAUACUGA